UAAAAACACUUGAAUAAAAGCAGAUUUGUAAAGUGACUAAGUAUGGGUUUCUUAAUUUACUUUUUUUGGUCUUAAAGGUUUUUUGUCAUGAUGUUAGUUGAUAGUCACCAAUUUACAUCAGCUGAGGAAUACGAGUUUUACUCGCUCCAGAUCUUGUCCUGCAGUUUGACAGUCUGAGAAUUUUGCCAGCAACUGCAGAGAUUUGAAGGUCUGAAGAGCUGAUAAAUUGGAGCUUCACAAAUAAAGUACAAAGGCUCAUUUUAGAAAGAGUAUAUAAAGGCAAUGCUAUGUUCUUUGUGGCCUACAGCUGUCAAAAUAUGUUUUAGGACUUUGUUUUCCUGUGGUGAUAGUAAUCUGAUUUAAAAAAAAAAAGGCUCUUGUGAAACUGUAGUAUUCACACUUGAUCCAUUUGACACCAAAGUCAGUUACAAUGCUAAGCCAAAAGCAAUAAUAAACACAGGCAUGUUACCAAAAAUUAGUUUUCAGAAAUAGCUUUCUUCAUUCAGUUCUGUUUAUUCAGUUGGUAAGGCUGGUAAUUACAGAUUAUUACAAUGUUGUAUAUGAUCGUUGUAUUUUCCUACUAGUAUAUGCAGAAGGAGGGGAAAAACACUAAUUAGGAAACUCGGGGGCAGAUGAAAAGAGUAAAAUAAACUAAUGGAAUGCCUGUGUCAGCAGGUAUGUAUCUCGUCCUGGAGUACACAGUAUGAGGAGGCACUGCUGAUAUGGAAAACUAAGCUGUGCAAGGAAACCCAGGGCUCCAAUGAACAAGAAAUUUUGUGGUUCGGUGCAUAAGGGAGACAAGCCUCAGAAACUAACAGAAAUGAACGGAGGAACAUCGGUGCCGCAUUCGUACGACUAUGAUCUCAUUGUCAUUGGUGGGGGCUCAGGUGGCCUGGCAGCUGCCAAGGAGGCUGCCAAAUAUGAAAAGAAAGUGAUGGUGCUGGACUUCGUCACGCCUACGCCUCUGGGAAACUCAUGGGGUCUUGGAGGAACAUGUGUAAAUGUGGGCUGUAUACCUAAAAAACUCAUGCACCAGGCAGCUUUACUGGGACAAGCCUUGCAAGAUUCACGCAACUUUGGAUGGCAGUUUGCAGAAGAAGUCAAGCACAACUGGAUGACUAUGACAGAAUCUGUUCAGAAUUACAUUAGUUCACUGAACUGGGGUUAUCGGGUUGCACUGAGAGACAAGAAAGUCACAUACGAGAAUGCAUAUGGAGAAUUUGUUGGGCCACACACAGUUAAGGCAACAAAUAAAAGAGGAGUUGAGAAGCUGUACACAGCUGAGAGAUUUCUCAUUGCCACUGGUGAACGACCACGCUACCUUGGUAUACCUGGAGACAAGGAAUACUGCAUUAGCAGUGAUGAUCUUUUCUCUCUGCCUUACUGUCCAGGGAAAACCCUGGUGGUUGGAGCUUCCUAUGUUGCCUUGGAAUGUGCAGGAUUUCUUGCAGGUCUUGGAUUAGAUGUCACUGUAAUGGUGAGAUCCAUCCUCUUAAGAGGAUUUGACCAGGAUAUGGCAAACAAAAUUGGUGGAUAUAUGGAAGAACAUGGAAUCAACUUUAUUAGGGAGUUUGUGCCAAUCAAGGUUCAGCAGAUUGAGGAAGGGACUCCUGGAAGAUUGAAAGUUACAGCCAAGUCCACAAAGGGGAAUGAAAUAAUUGAAGGGGAAUACAACACUGUGUUGCUAGCAAUUGGAAGAGAUGCAUGCACAAGAAAAAUCGGCCUGGACAAAGUUGGAGUGAAGAUCAAUGAAAAAACAGGAAAAAUUCCUGUCAACGAUGAGGAGCAAACAAACGUGCCGUAUAUCUUUGCUGUUGGAGAUAUAUUGCAGGACAAGCUGGAGCUCACACCAGUGGCAAUCCAGGCAGGAAGAUUGUUAGUUCAAAGGCUGUACGCAGGGGCAACCAGAAAGUGUGACUAUGUGAAUGUUCCAACCACUGUAUUCACUCCUUUGGAGUAUGGAGCCUGUGGAUAUUCAGAAGAGGCUGCGGUGGAGAAGUUUGGAGAGGAAAACAUUGAGGUGUACCAUAGUCAUUUCUGGCCACUGGAAUGGACUGUGCCAUCCAGAGACAACAACAAAUGCUAUGCAAAGAUAAUUUGCAAUAUUCCAGAUAAAGAGAGAGUCAUUGGUUUCCAUGUCCUUGGUCCAAAUGCUGGAGAAGUCACUCAAGGGUUUGCAGCUGCUAUUAAAUGUGGGAUGACAAAAGAACAGCUGGACAGCACCAUAGGAAUUCAUCCUGUCUGUGCAGAGGUCUUCACCACUCUGUCUGUGACUAAGCGGUCUGGUGAAAGUAUCCUUGCAUCGGGUUGCUGAGGUUAAAGACCCCCAUUCUUGUUGUUGCCAGAGACUGACUUUCAAUCACAGUGGCUGACUUUUGCAAUGCAGAAAAAUGGUUUUGGGAGAAGUCAUCCUCGGUCGUCUGCAGAAAUGUGUAGCUCUUCACCAGAGGGGUUCCUCAUCCUGAGGAGAAGAGCACUGUGGGAGUUGGUCACUAGUGGUGGUUGGCUGGCAAUUAGCAAUGCAAUGGGAACAUUGACUAUCAAGCUGUUGCUUAGCAGGGCAUUUAACAAAUGCUUCCAUGAAGUCAUAGCCUGAAGCCUGCAUUGUCUGGUGGGCAGUGACUGAAGAACUGCUAGCACAGCUAGACAACAACCAUUUUGGUUUUAUUCCUUUCUGUUUUCUUACCUGAACAAAGAAUUGCCAAACUGAAGACUAUUACCCCAAGUUCAGAUACUGUGUAGUGCCCCUGUGUACUCAGUUAUUGCACAGCAGUUCCAAGGUCUCAUGAGCAUGUGUUUUACCACUCACGUGCCUAUAGAGGGGAAAUUAUAUCUACAUGCUCGAUCAUGAGGAAGAGGAUGCCCUUGGAAAAAAAGUUUAGUACCAUCUAAAAUAACAUAUUUUUUGACUUCCAAACUGACUCUGUUGUGGCUUUUUACUUUAAAGAAACUUAUUUGUUGAAGUGUUCUUUAUGAGAAUGGAAAAUACUUUUUAUUAAGGCCUUGUUAUACAGAAAGGGUAUUUUUUGUUUCCCUGACAGUAACAAUGGUGCAUAUAACACAGAUGUAGUAAUUGUAGCUUUAUCUUGCAGCUUAUGUGUUUAUAAUGAAUCCAGUUUGGAACAGACAGAAUUCCACUUUGGAAUGAGUUAUACUUCCAAAAGCUCUGUGCAACUUUUGUUCAAUUGGAAUAAAUCUUGCUUGCCAGGUGAGCUACCGUAUGCUGCAAUGUUUCAAGGCUGAAUUGGCCACUUUGAAUACAACAGUGCUGACAGUUGCCUUCAGGUUAGUGGGCCUGUAGAAUCAAACCAAACAAACAUGCCUCCCCCCCAAAAAAAACACCAAAAAAAUAAGCAAAAAAACUUCCUACCAAACCUCCAAAAGUGAGAAAAUUUCUGUGUAGAAAUAGCCUAAAAGCUUUAUUUAGUUCCAUGUGUUCUUGUUUUAUAUUUAAUUUAAAAAACAAUACUUUUUAAAACAGAGGUUUCCAUGGAAAAGACAAAUUCUUGAAUGUUCCUCCAGUGUUGGAUAAACUUUGCACAUAUUUGUCAAGAAAUGGUAAAAAUGUCUCUUUGCCAUGGCAAUGAGUGUUCUUCUUGAUCUGGUUUUUCAUUUCCCUUUGGUUUAGCAGAAGAGUUGAGAUUACUUUUAUUAAAUGGUUCUUGGGAGUUUGGUAGUGCGGUGUGAACAGGGUUAAACUCUCCAUCCGUCUGGGCAGAAAAUGCCUUAUUCCUAAACUUGCACAGGGUAACAAUGUGUAUCUACUGAGAUUUCUAGAAUUAGUGUUAUAUGUUAUUUUUAUAAACUGAGACAUAACUGAAGGAUUUUUAAACAUGUUUUGUAUGGUAUCAAGAAUGGUCUAUGGUGGUAUUUUUCUGGCCAGUUUAUUAAAUAAAUGGAAUAUUUGCACAAAGUGA